CUAAGAGGUAUUUUUUUUUACAAAAAAAUAACUCAAAAAUUGUUGACCGAGGAGGCGGAGAAACUCUGGGAACGAAUCGCAUGUCAGCGGUAUUGCCCAUGAAGACAAAAAAUCAACAUGGUGGACGGAGAAGCACGAGUAGUCAUUUAAUUUUGCAACAACAAGCCUAACGUCCUGUCUCCUUUCUAUCCAAGCUUGAGUAUUACAGAUAAAAAGAAGAAAAACUCUGUUCCGUGAUGUCUGCUAAUCCAAUUCCUCUUCGCCUUCCUCCGAUGCCGAAGGUUGCGGACCUGCUUCGCUUGUAUGGACUAGCCGCAAAGAAGCAACUUAGUCAGAACUUUAUUCUUGAUCUGAACGUUACAGAUAAGAUUGCAAAAGUUGCUGAUGUCUUUGAUUGCCAUGUGUGUGAGGUGGGAGCUGGCCCAGGCUCUCUCACAAGGUCCCUGUUGCAUGCUGGAUCCAAGCAUGUCGCUGCCAUUGAGAUUGACCGGAGAUUUCUUCCAUCGUUAGAGAUGCUUGAAAGUGCCAGUAGAGGAAGACUGAGCAUACAUCAUGCUGAUAUCAUGAAGUUUUACAUCCCUGAUGCUUUUCCUAAAGCUGACAUGGUGAAGUGGGAGUCUAAUGAUAUUCCAGGAGUGCGUAUGGUGGGGAAUCUCCCAUUCAAUGUGUCAAUCCCCCUUCUCCUGCAAUGGCUGGAAGCCAUUCCACAGAGAGCAGGGCCAUUUACUUUUGGUAGGACACCUAUGGCACUUGUGUUCCAGAAAGAAGUAGCUGAUAAUAUCCAGGCACCCCCUGGAGAUAAGGAAUGUACACGACUCUCUAUCAUGACACAGUAUUUGUGUGAGGUGAACAAGACUUACUUGAUACCAAGAAAAGUGUUUGUGCCAGAACCAAAGGUUGACGCUAUGUUGCUACGCUUUGUGCCGAGAGUAACUCCUCUUAUCGACGCUCCGUUCGUUGUUGUGGAGCAAGUAGUGAAAGCAAAUUUCUCAGAGAAGCGGAAAACCAUUCGAAACUCAUUACGAAACCUUUUUCCCGGAAAACCGGAGUUACUUGAGGAACUUCUAGAAAGGACUGGGGUGGACUCUACUGUACGUCCCCAGGAAGUCGGCUUUGAAGAUUAUGGCAAGAUCUGUCAAUCAUUCAUUGAAAUGUCACGUGAACAUGACUUGUCUAUCACGCCUCUCAGAGUGCGCAAGCCUGUUCCCAUCGCAACGGAGAAAUACAAAGAGACGGAUGCUAACGCUAGUAUCGCUAGUAACACUAGUGACCCAAGUAACGCUAGUACCACUACUAAUGAUAGUAGCACUGGUGACGCUUGUAGCACUAGUAACGUUAGCAACACUAGUAACGCUAGUAACACUAAUAACGCUGGUAAUGUCCCUAUAUAUCCAACUAAUGUCACAAAUUCAUGACGUCAAAGGCUAAUCAGGGUCUGAUCCGUGCUUCGCUGGCGCCAAACAGAGGAUUUCUGCAAAGUAAGCAUCUGUUCAAUGACAAGCUUUCAGACAACAGACGAUUGCUUUAUGUCACUCAAGCUGAACAACGCUUGGCUUGUGGUAAUAACAUUCCUUGUACGUCCCUCAUAUGAUGACGAUGCGUUAUAUUUUACCACGACUUUUACUGACGAAAGAGGAAUCAUAUCAUUGGAUGUAAACCAAAAGUAAUCAUUAUUCCGAUAAUGAUGUUUAAGAGAUUGAAUUGUGAAUUGAGGUUGUGACUACCGUCCAUGUUGGUUUGGAAGACUGCGGAUUCCAAAUGAUGAAAUCACAGAGAAAUUAUCGAAGCAUCAGUUUUCAGUAGGAAAAAAAAUGGCGGCUGCACAUUUUAGCGCGAUGCCAUGCGAGCCUAACACAGCCUAUUAGGCACAAGGAAAGCCGUAUUGCAAUAUUCGCCCCUGUACUAAUGACGUAGGGUAUGCUAGAUUUGAAGAUUUUAGAACUUUUCCGUAUGUUUUGUACGUGUUGUUAAGGUUUUCGUGCGUUAAGGAUUAUGGGUAAAUGUACUAGUCGCCAUCUUUUUUUCCCACGGAGGAUUGAAAUGUGACGCACUAUCACUUUGUUGCUGUAUGUAAAUUUUUAUAAGAUGGCUUGUAUCAGCUUGUGAUUGCUGUGUGCUCACCUUUCUGCUGGGGUAAAAAUUGCCAAUACUUUUAAGUUUUAAGCAACACUGAAAACAUGUUGAUGUCAGAAACAAGAAACAUGGGAACACUGGUACAUACCUUGUGUUAUCGUUGGAGUGUACCUGGUGAUGCUUUACUUUCAGAAUGGAUAGAAAUCUCGAUAAGACAAAUUUAGGGAGCAAUAAGACAUUCCAAAACCAUAAUAAUGGACAUGUUUGGUACUGAUUUUGUCAUUCUUACUUUUCUCUUGUCUCGCGCGAGAGCAAGACAUGAGAGUUGUCAAGCUAAGGGUAGGGAUCGGAAGUAAAUAAAUAUCAUUCGAGUGAAACAUCGUA